AUGUUUAGUGACUGCCCAAGUAUCCGGGAACAAAGUAAAGCGAAGUGGCACUGUGUAAUUUCAGAGCCAGCACCCUUGCGACAACAUCAGCACGUUCAUAGAAUGACUGUUCUAGAUGGCGAAAUGAAAGUCCUGUAUCAUUCUAUUUUUGGGGAUAUGACAGGCGAACGGAGGGAUGCCGUGCCUUCAGCUUCCCGCGGCAGACAUGGCUUGAAUGAAGCCAAGGACAGGAAAACCUGGGGUGCUUCGGAAAUUGAUAUAAACCCGAGAGAAAGCGGAAUUCCAGAAUAG